AUGAAUAAAUCAGGACAUGAAUUUGAUAAAACCAUCCUGGCUGCCGAUAUUGCUGAAGCUAAGAUAGCACAUCACGAGACACCUGCAAAUGAUCCUCACAAAAAAGCUGACAGAGAAAAUAUUGGUCAUCAACCAACUGGUACUCAGACUACAAUCAAAGAAACUCCACCUCUAUAUCCAGGCGAAGCAGCUGCGCUGGCUAAGGAGAUCCAGAAAGACGAAAAAGCAAAGGAAGCAGCAGAGUACAAAACCAUCCUGGCUGCCGAUAUUGCUGAAGCUAAGAUAGCACAUCACGAGACACCUGCAAAUGAUCCUCACAAAAAAGCCGACAGGGAAAAUAUUGGUCAUCAACCGACGGGCAGUCAAUCUACAAUUGAAGAAACGCCCAGUACUAUCUAA